AUGACUCCCACAGAACGCUCUUGGAAGCAGUCAACAGACGGAGUACGUUGCUCUUCGAAAGCCUACCCUUACAGGUCCCCGAAACUCCAACUCACAACAGCAUUUCAACCGGCAAGCCAAGACCUAUCGUCAGGCAAGCACACGCCGGAAGAUUUCGACCAUGGAUUGUCGCAAACAAACGUCCGUUCAACAAGUACGUUGAACGCCGAUCAUUGCAUAUGGAGGAACAACCAACAGGACUCUCGUCAGUGGACUAAAUACUGCCUCACUCGCUCAGCCGGCAAGGUCCACAAGCAUGCACGAAGUCCGCAACCCUACUGCCUCCAACUCCAACAAUCCGGUCUCAGCAGUUCCAACACCUAUCCCACCUCUACCUAA